GAAUUCUCUCUUGAUAAAAAUCAUCCUACGGCACAAGUAAUAAGUAUAUGAAUGAUAUAGCGUUGGCAGAUUGAGCUGGAAUAGAGAUACUGGGUAGCUUCAAAGUUCGCCGGACGGUGGGGUAUCAUACUUUUGGAUAAAAGAGUCUUCGAAUCUAGUCAAGCAUAAUAGAAAAGAAAAGACUGCGCUCGUUGUUGGUAAGUAAAGAGGCAGCUGUCAGACAUUCUAAGUGUCAAGCGCAGAUCCUACAUCAAAAAGAUGGGAUAUACCUGGAAAUAGAUAGGUUUAAGUAAGACUGCUAGAGUCAACAAGCCCAAAAGUUCUUUUUCGCAGUAAGCCAACGUGAAAUCUAGUUCACCGUCUCACUACGAACAUAUCCCCAAAAUUCUUCCCCGAACACGAACGCUUCUUAGAGAGUCAAUCUGGGGAAUACCAUCUGAGGUGAUCAACGCUCACCUUGUUGAAGAGCAAGCAUCGGAACGGAGGUGCAUGCUUCCGACAUUUUAGCUCUUCUAGACUACCGAUCCGCUUUCGUAAUCAAUCUGCACUGGGAGCAAAGCCGCCCCACUAUCGGCGCGCUCUCAUCAAUUUUUUGUUUGACAGGCCAGCGGCGAAAAAAAAAAAGUUCACAAUCAAAAGGCGACAGCAUAUUUCAGCAUUUUCUCUGUUAUUGUAAUUUGACGCAGGAAGGCUAUAUUUCCUCAUCGCAGAUUUAUUUAAGAGUAUUAUAUUUUAAAUCUCAACUCGCCAAAAAUAGACGAUGCCUGGACGAACAAAGACGCAGGACGAUGCUUCGUCUCACGACGCUGAUAUGCAAGACGUCCCACCUUCUGCCCAGGAAGCGAUUGGUCAGGAUGCUGAAAUGAGAGAGGAUGCCGAGGCUGAGGAGGAGGAAGAGGAGGAAGAAAUUGAGGCUCAGAGAGUGCGAAUUCUUCCUGGCUCAACGGACACUGCGGCUUCAUUCGAAUUCACCGAUGAGGGCCAUACAUUGGGCAAUGCUCUGAGAUACAUCAUCAUGAAAAACCCCGACGUGGAAUUCUGCGCUUACUCGAUUCCUCAUCCAUCUGAACCCAAGAUGAACAUCAGAAUACAGACAUAUGAUGGAACGGCUGUGAAUGCCCUGAAGAAGGGUCUGAGUGACCUGCAGGAUGUAUGUGAUGUAGUUGCUGAGAAGUUCUGGUCAGAGAGACAGAGCUUCAACGCAGAGCAGGGCAUUGAGCGAUGAACGAUUGCUAUGAUGGUGGAGAAAAGAGAGCGCAGUUAAUGGAGAUCGGGCUGCUAUCCCAAGUGGCGUAUAGAAAGGGCAUUUGUAUAUGGACAUUAUGCGAAUUCAAGGCGUUAUAUGGCAGGUUUUGACAUAGGAUCUUUACAAAGAUAUAUUUACAAAAACAAAAUUUCUUGCAUUGCUUCUAAUUUCGGCCCUCCAAGAAACCAGACAUGAAGCUAGAUGGAAGUCUCUUGUCUCCCCUAAAGUUGUCGUUAAAAUAAGACAGGAUGUGAGUCUGCUGCUUCCAAAAGUUCAUUGUUUCCUGGUAUUCAGCGUGGGAUUUGAAGAGAAGCACAUCGACGACAGAAAGGUUGCUCGCGUGUCGGUUUCGUUCAAACUCUUGUCGCAUCCGUGUUCGGAGAGCGGAGAUGGGUAGAGGGACAUUGUACAUCGUCUGGAUUUCAGGUGCGCCUCGGAUCCAUUCGCGGUAGGAAGAAAGGACUCGACGUUUCGCAUCCGCCCAACUGGUGGAUUGCGCCGUCUUCUUGGCGAAUUCAGUCGGUGAAAUGGCCAUGGUGGGCAAUCUAUGCUUCUCAGCGCAAUCUCU